UGAGGUAAGUUUCACGGUUGUCGUGUCUGAGCGCAGUUGAAUUAAGCAGGAAACCAGUCCACCAAAUUGUGUUUUACUCCGCCAUUGAUAUUUCACUCAAUUUCGAUCUAAAACCCUCGAAAUCUUUUGUAUUGUGAUGGGAAACGGGGCUCUCGUAUGGAUUACAAUCACACCUUUGUUGGUCUGGAUCCUGACCUUCGUUUCGCACAUCAUCAAUUGCAGAAGAAACAGGAAGAGGGUGGUUGGUUUCUUCCAUCCCUACACCAACGACGGUGGGGGCGGCGAGAGGGUGUUGUGGUGCGCCGUCAAAGCCAUUCAAGAAGAGAGAUCGGAUCUUGACAUUGUUGUCUACACCGGCGAUCUUGAUGCCUCUCCACAGAGCUUAAUCACUCGGGCCAACGAUCGGUUCGGGGUCAGGCUCCUUAGCCCUCCCAUGGUGGUGCAUCUGUAUAAAAGAAAAUGGAUUGAAGAAACCACCUAUCCUCACUUCACCAUGAUUGGUCAAAGCUUGGGUUCAGUCUAUCUUUCAUGGGAAGCUUUAUGCAAUCUUACACCCCUAUAUUACUUUGAUACUAGCGGAUAUGCUUUCACUUAUCCGAUUGCUCGGUUAUUUGGAUGCAAAGUUAUAUGUUACACUCAUUACCCUACAAUCAGUUUAGACAUGAUUUCUCGUGUUCGUGAAAGGAACUCGAUGUACAACAACAACGCCUUAAUUGCUCAAAGCAUUUGGCUAUCACGUUGUAAAAUCAUUUACUAUACAUGCUUUAGCUGGAUGUAUGGAUUUGUGGGAUCUUGUGCACACCUAGCUAUGGUGAAUUCUUCAUGGACGCAUUCUCAUAUUGAAAAGCUUUGGAGAAUUCCUGACCGAAUAAAAAGAGUUUAUCCUCCUUGUGAUACAUCUGGGCUUCAGGCUCUUCCUUUGGAAAGACCAGCCGACCCCCCGAUUAUUGUAUCUGUUGCUCAAUUUCGUCCCGAGAAGGCCCAUGCUGUUCAACUUGAGGCCUUCUCAAUUGCCAUUCAGAAGUUAGCUACUGACUUCCCCAGGCCUAAGCUCCAAUUUGUAGGCAGUUGCCGAAAUAAAUCAGACGAGGAUAGAAUGCAGAAUUUGAAAGACAGAGCCAUUGAUUUGAAGGUGGAUGGAGACGUGGAAUUCUUUAAGAAUGUGAUGUACAGGGACUUGGUGAAACUUUUGGGAGGUGCAGUUGCUGGAAUCCAUUCCAUGGUUGAUGAGCACUUUGGCAUAAGUGUUGUAGAGUAUAUGGCUGCUGGCAGCAUACCAAUUGCUCAUAACUCUGCAGGACCGAAAAUGGACAUUGUUCAAGAAGAAGAUGGACAGCAAACAGGAUUUCUUGCCUCCACGGUAGAGGAGUAUGCAGAUGCCAUUUUGAAAAUAGUAAGGAUGCCGGAGACUGAGAGGCUGAAGAUAGCCGCUUCUGCACGGAUAAGAGCCAGCAGAUUUUCAGAGCAAAGAUUUUAUGAAGAUCUAAAAGCUGCAAUCAGACCGAUUAUGUAUCCGACAUGACAUCCUCGUGAUGAACUGGAAACCUUGUAUAUACCUGUAACUUAGAUGUAUGGACAUCUCUUUCAUCUACUCUUAUCUUCUUAUUUUCCUUUUUCCUUGUGGAUGAUCCACUUUAACAAAUACCCGGAAAGGUAGAUAGAUGAGGGUUUGUUGGUUGACUUGGGUUAACUUGAAUUUUGGGUGUCAAUGUAAUUAGGAAAGCUUAAUUUUGUUGAUGAAUCAGAAGCAGUUUUGGCGCAAGUUUGUGUGUACAACAGUAGAAGUUGAGAUUGGUAAGCUGUAAUACGAGAACUGUAUUUUAUCCAUAUAUUUGUUUUA